CUCCACAAUCGAAAACUUACUGCCGCAUUUAAUCAAAGCAAAAUAGUUUAAAUUUAAAUAAAAUGCUGCGAAAUGCAAUGCAUUUAGCCACCCUUGGGGUGCGCCAAGCCCGGUCAACAAACUUAUCGCCAAUAUUACUUCAAAUUCUGCCAAAUAAUUCACACAACGCGGAAAAUCUGCAAGUAGCGCGCGAUUAUGCAAAGGGCAAGGACAAAAAGAAGGAAAAAGGCGGCAAGGGAAAACCCGCCAAGGUGGAAAUCAAUGAACAGCAGUUGCGCGAAAUCCUUAAUCUAGAUGGCCUGAACACCCAGAUGCAGAAAUCCGUGACGCAGAUGAGAGAGGACUUUGUGAAGCACCUGUCACUGCGAUCCACUAGCGGUGCUAUCGACACACUCCGCAUAAAAGUGGAUGGUCAGGAGCACGAGCUCCAGGAACUGGCACAAAUCUCGCGAAAAAAUCCGAAAACCAUUAUCGUUAACAUGAUUGGUUUUCCACAAACGAUUCCUGAUGUUUUAAAAGCAAUUGAAAAGAGUGGCAUGAACCUAAAUCCCCAACAGGAUGGAACUACUUUGUUCAUACCCAUACCGAAGGUCACUAAGGAGCACAGGGAGAAUCUUUCCAAGAAUGCCAAAGCUCUGUUUGUCAAAUACCGCGAUGCAAUUCGAGGCGUUCAGAACGAACACAUCCGCAAGCUAAAGAAGCAGCCAGAAUUAGGCAAGGACGAUGCAUUUGCCGCCCAGGCCCAGGUUACCGCCAUUGCGGAUCGCUUCAUUUCGGAGGCGGACAAGUUGUUGGCCAGUAAGCAGAAGGAGCUGCUGGGCGACUAGAUCUAAGACCAAGACUGAUCAUGCUCCAAAAACCUUAAUAAAUCUUAAUACGUAAA